AUGGCUGAAAAGUUUCGAUUACCUGCUAGAUAUGGAGCCGGUGAAAAAAGCGUAUGGGUUGAAUAUAUACAGUUGGCAGCUGAUUACAAACCAGCAGUCAACCUGGGUCAGGGAUUUCCAGAUUACCAUGCCCCCAAACAUGUAACAAAGGCUUUAGCUGACAUUGCCCUGGGGGAUAAUCCCUUGCUCAUGCAGUACACUAGAGGCUUUGGGCAUCCAAGACUGGUACAGAAUUUGUCAAAAGUAUAUUCACCAUUAAUUGGUAGACAAUUGGACCCAUUCAAUGAAAUUUUGGUGACUAGUGGUGCUUAUGAAGCUCUUUACUCUGCAAUAUUAGGUCAUGUGGAUACUGGAGAUGAGGUUAUUGUUAUAGAACCAUUUUUUGAUUGCUAUGAUUUCAUGAUAAAAUGUGCUGGUGGUGUGCCAAAGUUCAUAGCACUAAAACCUAAAACGAUAAAAGAGAACAUGACUUCAGCGGACUGGGUACUCGACGAGGCGGAACUCGCGUCACUGUUUACUAAUCGCACCAAGAUGCUGAUACUGAACACUCCGCACAAUCCCCUGGGCAAAGUGUUCACACAUGAAGAGUUGGAGAUCAUCGCUGACCUGUGCAAGAAGCACGAUGUGCUGUGCAUCUCCGACGAGGUCUAUGAGUGGAUGGUCUACGAGCCCCAUAAGCAUAUUAGGAUAGCUACUUUACCUGGCAUGUGGGAGAGGACCAUAACGAUCGGCUCCGCCGGGAAGACCUUCUCGGUUACCGGCUGGAAGAUCGGCUGGGCCUACUGCCCCCCCAACCUGAUGAGGAACCUCCAGGUCGUUCACCAGAACUGUGUUUACACCUGCCCCACGCCGACGCAGGAGGCGGUGGCGCGGUCCUUCGAAGUGGAGAUGGCUCGCAUCGGGACGCCAGAGUGCUACUUCACUUCGCUGGCGCUCGAGCUGCUGCCGAAGAGGGACUUCUUGGUGAGGACCCUGAGGGAGAACGGGUUCAACCCCACCGUUCCAGACGGCGGUUACUUCGUGGUCGCCGAUUGGACCAAACUAGGCAAUAAAAUCGAUCUGUCGUCGGAGAACGACAAAUACAAGGACUACCGCUUCACCAAGAAGUUCGCCAAGGAGGCGGGUGUGCUCGCAAUACCACCCAGCGCCUUCUACUCAGAGGGGCACAAGAGUCUUGGCGAGAACUUCGCGCGGUUCUGCUUUAUUAAGAAAGACGAGAAUCUCGCCUUAACCGAAAAAUUACUCAGGGAGUGGAACGCGAAGAAA